GGCAUCUGCUAUAAACCGCUGACGUUGUUUACCUGCCGAUAGAUGGCGUUGAAUCACUCUCUUCAGUAAACAGAGCCGAAAACAUGGCAACCACCAAGAAGAAGACCAGGAAGCUCCGUGGACACGUCAGCCACGGUCAUGGCCGUAUCGGCAAGCACCGCAAGCAUCCUGGAGGUCGCGGUAACGCUGGUGGCAUGCACCACCACAGAAUCAACUUUGACAAAUACCAUCCUGGUUAUUUCGGCAAGGUUGGUAUGAGAAACUUCCACGCAAAGCCCAACACAAAGUAUGCACCUGUCAUCAACCUGGAUAAACUCUGGUCCCUUGUGUCUGAGCAGACUAGGGAGAAAUACGCUAAGGAAACCGAAAAGGCCCCAGUCAUCAAUGUUCUUAAAUCGGGAUACUUCAAGGUCCUUGGCAAGGGUGCACUUCCCAGCCAGCCUGUUAUUGUCAAGGCCAAGUUCUUCUCUCGCAAAGCUGAAAACAAGAUCAAGGCUGUUGGUGGUGCGUGUGUGCUCGUCGCAUAAAUUCUUCUACAAGGCCAAAUACAAGAAUCAAUGUCAUCAUGGCUUCAGUUAGGGGAAUUAAAGUGAAAAAAAAAAAAAAGCUUUUCAUUCUCAUCCUACAUAUAAAAAGUGAUGGAAUUAUUCAAAUGCUUCUUGGGCAGAUUAUCUAGCGUCUCCUGUAUUGAAAUUAACAAAAAAAGAGUUUUGUAAAAAUGCUUAUUAUAAAAAAAAAAAAAGUAUAACAUGCUUGGAUGCUUUGCCCAGAAGUUUAAUGGCUCUUUUCAUCAGGAUAAGUAACAGGAGGUUAGGCGUGUGAGGAGUAGGAAUGCAUCCUUGCACCUUUUUCAGUGCAAUGGAACAAAUUAAUGACAAACGGAUUGAAUUGAAAUUGUUGUUCACUAUUAUUAUUAUUAUUAUUAUUAUUAUUAUUAUCCUGAAUAUGAUUCUUCCAAGGAGUUGCUUCAGAAUACAAGGUAAAGUUCUUUCUUAUUAUUUCACCAACUAUAUCUGAUACUGAUUUUUAACAUGGUACUAGGAUGGAAUAGUAUUCAUGCCAUGUCCAAUGUGAUUCUUCUUGUAACACAAAAUUGUUCCAGAAAUAUAUACUUGAUCACCAGUUAUUAGUAUUUUGAUGUUAUAAUAAUGUUAACAAUGACAACCAUAGGUUUAUAGUAGCAUUAAUAACAAAAAAAAAUAAGAGAUCCCAGGAAUGGGGAUCUCAAGGUAAUUCUGACCUUUUGGUGGCUGAGUAUUUGUGGAGCCAUCUGUGCAACAAGAUGACAAAGUAUACAUGGUACCGUCACACACAAGGUUAAUACAUUGAGAAAUAUUAAUUUUGUAUUAUUGAAAAUGUACAAUCUAUGAUUUUCAUUGUAGAAAAUGGUUUUUAACUUGUUUGACAUUAAUUUGAUGUUUCUGCAGAUGGUUUUGAAAACACAACUCGGCAAUACAUUAUCAUCUGCAUAAGCAGAGACUUUUGGAUACAGAAGAUGCCGAAAGUGUUGCAGCUAUCCCUUUGAUGAAUGGAUAUACUUCACAAGUUUACCAUGGCCUCCAAAAGACACCUGUUAUUAAGUGGAGUUCUCUUCUUACAUGACCACCUGUUUUCAACCAAGAUGAACUGUGGUCCCGUGUCUUUGGUGGACAAUAGGGGGCAAGACUUCAGUGAAUUCAGAGAGAAUCCUACACUGCUGUUAAUAAUGAAGUUUGCAAAUAUUAACAUGCAAAAUACAUGACUAUUGAACUUGGAUCAGCUGUGGUCCCAUUCCUUUAAUGGAGCAGACAAGUCAAUACAGAAUGAAUCCUACUCUGCUGUUAAUAAUUCAAGAUUGCAAAUAUUAACACAUUAAUACAUUAUUUAACUUGGAUCAGCUGUGGUCCUAUUCCUUUAAUGGAGCAGACAAGUGAAUUCAGAUUGAGUUGAAAGUAGCAGAUAAUCCACUUCUUCAGUUUGAAACUUCAAGAUGGCAACUAAUCAUCAUGAAAGCUGAGCUUUUAAGUAUUGCUACAUUCUUGAAAUGCUGAAUGUACUAUACACAUGGUAACUUUAACAUCUACCAUUUUGUUUAAAAAAAAUAAAUAUUUAAUUUA